AUGAAUUCUACUGGGGUUAACCAAACUGAUGGCUGUCUCGCUUAUAUCUGUCCGGAGAGAUCUGUAUCUACUGCAGUGUAUGUGUUGUUGUAUUUGUCUGCAGCUGCUGCUGUUCUGCUAACAGUGUGUGGAAACCUGCUGAUCAUCAUCUCUGUCUGCCACUUCAAGCAGCUCCACACACCGACUAACAUGCUCAUCCUCUCUCUGGCUGUGUCGGACUUUCUGGUUGGCGUCUGUGUGAUGCCAGUUGCCUUAAUCUGGAUUAUUGAGUCAUGUUGGAUUUUUAGGACACUUUACUGUAUAUGCUAUCUUUUGGCUGCUUAUUUUCUUACAAGCUCAUCUAUAUACAACAUUGCUCUAAUCGCAGUUGAUCGGUAUUUUGCUCUCUCUAAUCCGUUUCUCUACACUAAAGCAGUGUCUGUGAAAACAAUGUGCAUUGUGGUUUUAUGUGACUGGUUUGUAUUGCUGUCAUAUACUUUCGCCCUCCAAUACAUCAAUUUACCCUUCGUAAAUGUAAUGACGUGUCCCGGAGACUGUUUUUUAUUAUUGGAUGAAGUCUGGUCUCUGGUUGAUCUUUUGGUUACAUUUGUUUUUCCAUUUGCUGUCAUAAUUAUUUUCUAUGCUCUAGUUUUUAUAAUUGCCAAGAAACACGCCACAGCUAUCAGAGGCCUUAACGCUCAAACUAGGACUCAGACAUCAAAGAACAUGGCAGAUUCAAUGAAGUCAGAGAGAAAAGCUGCUAAAGUCCUCGGCAUUUUAGUGUCUGUGUUUUUGGCAUGCUUAUUUCCAUAUUUUGUGUAUACUUUGUUAGGUAAUGUUAUUACACUGGAAUUUGAAACAUUUCAAAAAGUCUUGAUUUUGCUUUAUCUUAAUUCUGCCAUUAAUCCAGUUAUUUAUGCUUUGUUUUAUCCGUGGUUUAGGAGGUGUGUUAAACUGAUAUUAACUUUUCAAAUAUUUAACACAGAUUCUGCACUGAUGAAUGUUCUCUGA